AUGGCUAUUCUCAACUCCCUCUUACCACCCCCAAAACUCACUCCUCCACCCCCAAGCCCAAGCCCAUCCUCCAAGCCCAUAUCCCUCCCCUCCCUUCCCGAGCCCAUCCGCCGAGCCGGGCUCGCGGCCCUCCUGUCGGCCUCUCUCUUCCUGGCCCAUCCCGGGCCCACACCGGCCUUCAAGGGCGGCGGGCCCUACGGAAUGGAGGUUACGAGGGGUCAGGACCUCAGUGGCCGGGACUUCAGCGGCCGGGAGCUCGUCCGGCAGGACUUCAAAACUUCCAUUCUCCGGCGAGCCAACUUCCGGGGAGCUCGUUUGCUUGGGGCCAGCUUUUUCGACGCCGAUCUCACCGGAGCUGACCUGUCGGGGGCCGAUUUGAGGGGCGCCGAUUUUUCAUUGGCCAAUGUGGGGAAAGCGAACUUGAGAGGGGCAAUUUUGGAAGGGGCGUUGGCCACGGGGAACACGUCUUUUAAAGGCUCCGACAUAACGGGGGCUGAUUUUACGGACGUGCCGUUGAGGGACGAUCAGCGGGAGUAUCUGUGUAAGGUGGCGGACGGAGUUAAUCCGGUCACCGGAAAUGAGACGAGGGAGACUUUGCUCUGUAAGUAA